AUGAAGAUUUGGUGCUUGCGUUGUGGUCUUGAGGAGGAUUUAUGUUUAUUCGCGGUGAUAGGUUGGAUGAUUUGGGCUGAAAGAAACAAGAGUCUCCAUGGAGGCGUAAUAAGAGACCAUUUUGCAGUUUAUGACGCAUCACUAGUCUUUUAUAAGGAUUUUGUUGAUCUAUGUCUAUCGCCUACGUUACCUCGCCAUGUUGCUACUUUUUGUUGGAAACCUCCUGAGGGGGACUUGCUGAAAUUAAAUGUUGAUGGGGCAUGUUGUGUGCCUGAUAGAAAAAUGGGGCUAGGAGCAGUAGUCCGAAAUGCCAAUAGGGAAUUAAUGGGUGUCAUGGCUAAACCGUUAAUUAGGUGUCUUUCCCCUAAGGCUUUUGAAGCCUUGGCUAUGAUUGCAAGUUGUCAAAUGGAAAUUGAUGUAGGAUUCACAAGGAUAAUUAUUGAAAGUGAUUGCUUGGAGGUGAUUAAGGCCAUAAACCGAAUUGAAUUUGACAUGAGCAUAGAAGGAGAGUUGAUAGAGGAACUGAAAGAGUUACUCUAUCGUUUCGUAUUUGUAUCCGUGCAACACCAACCUCGUACAUGUAAUUUUGUGGCUCACCAAUUAGCCAAAUUUGCUUUAUCUUGUAAUGAGAUAUGUUAUCGGAUGGAAGAGGGGUCUAGCUGGCUUCACUCUUACCUUCAGAAUGAUUUGCGUUUUUUACAUUGUAUUGAUGAAUAA